AUGACGGCAGACAUGCGUCUCUUUGAAGACGAACGUGCUGCAUUUCUGCACAGCAACACGUCGUCGUCGUCGGCCCGUCUGUCGUCGUCCUUUUCGUCCCUUUUCGACUUUGAGGACGAGUCGCUCGACGACUCUCACGAUCCUCAUGAUACCCUCCUCCACGAGAAGCCCGACGUGUCCAGUCUCCGUCGCAAGGCCCAACACAUCCUGUGGUGGAUUCGCUGGCACCGUCGUCCCGUCCGCCAGCUGGCCGUCUUCUUCCUCAAAUACACGCUCAUCCUCAUCGUCGCUCUCCUGGUCUUGACUCCCAUCAUCUGUCCGUCCUACCAACAUCCUCCAUCCCAUUACCACGACCUCGAGGAGCACUGCCGCGAUCUCGGCUGGCAGGGCCACAACCCGGCGGCCAGCGGUUGCGCCAAUGCGUUCAACGAGACCGUCUUCAUCGCCGUCAGCCUCAUAUACGAGAACGACAGCGGCGUGGAGGGGGCGGCUGCGCUUCAGGAGCUGCGCAAACGCGUGCCCUGCCGCAGCGAGAUCGUCUACGACGAACACGUCGCAAUGGACACCAUUCCCAACAUCACGAUGCCCGAUGGCACGGUGCGAACGAAGCGGCUGGCGUACCUGACCGAGAUCCGCAAUCGGUCAUUGCGGCCACUGGACACGCUGGACGGCGUCGGCGCCACACGCUUCGACAAGAUCUUCUUCCUCAACGACGUCGCCUUUCGUCCACUAGACGCCGCCCAUCUGCUCUUCAGCACCAACGUCGGCUCCGACGGCCGCACCGAAUACUUGUCCGUCUGCUCGGUCGACUGGAAGAUCCCGUGGAUCUUCUAUGACGCCUUUGCUCUGCGGGACGCCGAGGGUUACGCCGACGGCAUGCCGCUCUUCCCUAUCUUCUCCGGCGCUGGCGCCGGCCUGUCGCGUUCAGACAUGCUCCACGAAAAGGACGCCGUGCGUGUGACUGGCUGUUGGGGCGGCAUGGUCGCCAUGCAGGCAGCAUACGUGCAGAACACGGAUCUGGCCCUGCCACGCCCAGACUUCCAGGACAUUGGCAGCCAUGUGAUCGAUCCCGAUCGGCCGACAGCCAUUUCCAGUCCCGUGCGCUUCCGCUACGAGCCCGAGAUCUUUGUGGACGCCUGCGAAUGCUGCCUCUUCCUGGCCGACGUGUCGCAGGCGGCCCGCGUCAGUGGUGCCCCCGAGACGAGCACGGGUGUCUUUGUCAACCCCUACGUGCGUGUGACAUACGACUGGGGCACGUUGCUGAUGGCGCGCGCCAUCCAGCGCUGGGAGCGGCUCUUUAUCGUGCCGCAGUUCUUCCUCACGCCCUACCAUAAGAUGCCGGCGAACAACCCGCACCGGACGGUCCAGGAGGGCGACACGUUUGUCGAGGAGGUGUGGGAUGCCACGACGUCCGCCUGGAAGCUGGUGCACCGCACCGGGCGCAGCGGCAUGUUUUGUGUUGUGCGCGAAAUGCUGCUGAUGCGAGACAAGCGCAAAGGCGACCGCAACUGGGAACGAGCGGCGGUUCCGGGAGGCCGGACAUUAGAUUUUCCGGCCCCUUACUAA